AGUAGACUUAUGUUACAAUGUUUUAAACAAAUCUGAUUUUGAAACUCUUUGAAGUCCUCUUCAGGUCACAAAGCUUUUCAAAGUAUAUACAGUAACAGUAUUACCGACGUGAAUCGUGGCGCCACCAAACUUUACCAUGCAGAACUUCCUCGAUCGGCGCGCGUUGCUUAUCGAUUUGUUCACCCACGAGCUUUCCGCAAAGAAAACAUCGAUUCCAGUUAAGGUAGUGAUAAGUGUCGGUGUCGCGAAGAACGCGAAGAAAUGGAAAGCGGAGACUACCAGUACCCCAGCGCUGGGGGGACGCAACCCCAGCCUGGGGUACGGCCCAUGGUCGAUCCGGAGGCUCAGGGUGAAGUGGAUCCUUCUAUGUAUCCACAACCAAAAGAAGCCACACAUAAAAUCCGUGGAAAAUCAGACAUAUUAGAAAUGGUUUUCGGUCCAGUCGACCAGGAACUGUUGGUAGUCAAGAGUUUCUAUUUCUUUUUCUACUCAGCGUUCGGCUCAUUAUUUCCCUUAAUGGGUGUGUUUUUUAAACAAAUGGGCAUGGAUGCUAGCCAAUGUGGUCUUCUAAUCGGAAGCAGACCAUUCGUGGAGUUCUUGUCGGCACCGUUUUGGGGGAGUCUGGCAGAUCGAUGGCAAAAAGGAAAAAUAUUAUUGUUGGCCUCAUUAGCAUCCUGGAUCAUAUUUACUGUUCCCUUGGGUUCGAUUCAACCACCGGCCACUUCUUGUAUUGAGAUUAAGAAUAAUUCGGCAUUUCUUAAAACGCCUGAUGUGUCAAUGAGAAUGAUUAACAAGAGGUCGAUUCAACUAGAGGAACAACCCGAAUAUGUGUAUCAUACAGAUGAUCCAAUAGAUUAUGUUAGAUAUUCAAGGAAAGUUCGAUCUGCCAGACCAUUAUUAAAUGCUGGACAAUCACCAAUCAAUGUAAACUUCGCUAAGAAUUACAAAGAAAAGGAACACAAAAGUUGGGUGCAGCCAAUCAUAUCUUCUAUAGUAUAUCGCACUCAAGAUAUCCAAAAAGCAUUCUUUCUGCUACUUCUACUUGUGAUAAUAGGAGAAUUCUUUAGUGCACCAGCUAUAACUUUAGCAGAUUCGGCGGUUAUCACUUUAUUAGGAGAAGAUGCUGAUUCAUACGGUCAUCAACGAAUGUUUGGAUCCCUAGGGUGGGGUUUGGCUAUGUUCUUUGUGGGAAUAGCUCUGGACCAUUCCACUUCCUUCCCAAAUCAUCCUUGUGGACCAGAUAAAAAAGAAAAGAACUACACCAUUUGCUUUGCUACUUUCUCAGUUCUCAUGGGUGCCGCCUUGAUCACUGCUACACAAAUAACCUUUAAGUACGAUGAUCCACCACCACCACCGCCCCAAAUAGAAGAUCCGGAGAAAAAAGCAGCUCAAAUGUCAAGAGAAGAUCAAAUGCAAGCUCAGCUUGCUCAACAGUUGCAGUUGCCUUCUUUGGCUGAUACUACUGCUGAGUUGCCAUCAUCUGGUCCAAAAGAAGAGAAGACAAAAAUAUUUGCCCAAACAACUCGUGAAAUGCCUGAGUGGGUAACGGUUCUCAACCAAUUUAAAAACUUGAAAUGUGCUUCAUUUCUCUUUGUGGCCUGGUUCAUGGGCUUCGGCAUUGGUCUCAUCUUCACUUUCCUCUUCUGGCACCUGCAAGAUUAUGGAGGCUCGCCAACUCUUUUUGGUGUAGCUUCAGUGAUAAAUCACAUAUCGGAAAUUUUUGCAUACUUUUUCAGCUUUAGAUUGAUCAGACAAAUGGGACACGUCAAAGUUCUUUGUCUAGGAUUAAUUGGUAACACUUUGCGAUUCUUGUACAUCUCAUGGUUGUCAAAUCCAUGGUGGGUUUUACCAUUUGAAUUUAUGCAGGGAAUUACUCAUGCCGCCGUAUGGGCCGCAUGUUGCUCCUAUAUCGCUCACAAUACUCCACCGGAACUGCGUUCUUCGGCUCAAGGUGUACUUCAGGGAAUUCAUCAUGGGCUAGGUCGGGGAUGCGGCGCCGUCAUUGGAGGGAUGUUUGUCAGUUCAUUUGGUUCAACAGCUACUUUCCGGGGAUAUGGAUUGAUCUGCUUACUUGUCUUAGCUGCCUUCAUUUUCAUCAAUUUCUAUCGAGUAGAUCAAGGCUUUGUAUCGGACCUCCCUCAAACUGAAGAUCCCAGGCAAGUGGCUGAGGAAACGUCGCAUCUAGCACCGCAUGGAGUACCGAGCAAUCCUAUACCAAGAGCUUUGUCGAGCACUAAAUUGCACGAAUUGGCUCAACAAGAUGGUUAUGGCGCUACAUAUCAAGUAGGGCAGGGGGGAACUUUAGAUUUACCCGGAUCUAAUCCAUUUACUCAAAAUAAUGGCCAACAAAGAAGUAGUGGAUUUCAGGUAAGAAAUGAGAACUACUAGCUCGGUUCGAGAUACUUGUAAUUUUCCAGGACCCAGUACAUCAAUAGAAACUCAGCAGCCUAUAACAACAGGAAGCGGUAAUUAUGAUUGGUAAGGGUAAUGAAAUGAUAAACCCCUACAUAAAAUACAUCACAUCAUAUCAUUUGUAAACAUAUAAAUUUUUAUUAAUAAGGUUGAUAUUUUAACACAUUUUCUUGAAGUAUAAUAAAUCAUACAUUUUAAAAAUUAGGUAUAUAUUUAUUGUAUUUACAAAUCUUGAUACGAAUAUUAUUAUUGUCGGUAUUUUGAAAGUGAUUAAAAUGGAGUUAUCUUAUACAUGUAUUGAAAUAAUAAUUUAUAAUUUAUUAGACUAUUAAGGGCUCCAUUUAAAAAUUAAAUUAUAGGUAAUCGUCAUUAAAAAAUUUUUUGCAUAGGUCUUAACGUAUGUAUUAAAUAAAAUUGAUUACCCAUAAUUUGAACAUGAUAUAAAUUAGAUAAUUGUUUUUCAAGAUACAAAAUGGGGAUUAUUAGUAUACCCUGUAAAUUUAUAGAUGUUAUUUUUAAAAAUAUAAAUUUGUUAAUAAGUACCUACAUACAUGUCGAAAAAACACUUCAUGUCAAACUUGUGAAAAUAUUUUCUUAGGAGAUUUUUGCCAUUUUGUAAGGUUGCAAUAGUUGAAAAAUACUCAUGAUAUUUAUACUUUCAUAAAAGAAUUGUAUGUAACAAAUCAAUUGAAUCUCAAACUAGUAAAAUGCAUGAAGAACAAGUACAAAUAGGAACAUUUUUUAAUACAAUCACAAAUUGAUUUACCGUUUCAUCUAGUAUCAAAAUUUGAUUUGAUUUUAUUGAUGCUUCUUAAUUAUACCUAAAACUCGUUCAUUAAAGAUGCGGUAUAAUAUUUUAAUUGUAUGCAAACAAAUUGCAUAUUAAUAAUAAAAUUAAUAUUUCUAAGACAUAUUUUUUAUUCAAAUCAGAAUUAAACAUAAUCAUUACUACUAUAAAUUUAUAGUAGAAUUAGUAAUAUUAUAAAAUUAAAGUAUCUGUGAGUUACUAGAAAAAAAAAUCCGCAUCUUUAAACAUAAUAUGUUUUAAAUAGAACAUUUUCGUUCUAUUAUUGUUUAUUUAUAUGUAAACUUGUCGUGAAAAAAGUAAUACUCCAUAUAAAUAUAUGGAGUGAGUAGAAUUAAAAGUACUGAAGUACCAUAAAUAUUCAAUUUUUUCUGUUAACACUUAAUCAUAUUUAUUGAAAUUUCAAAUUUUGAAUUAUUUCUAAAACACGCACAAUUUGAAUAAAAUUGUCAGUCACAGUCAUUUUAAUUAGAAAUAUUUUAUAAGAUCAUUUUAUAGUACUUCAGUAAAAUUUAGCAUAAAGCAGACAGUUUAAGAAUAAGAUACAAAACGAUCACUAUGUAUAUGUUAAAUCGUGUGUAUAUUGUAGAAUUGUAUAAAUAGUGUAUUUAUUUUAAUUUGUAGAUAAAUACUUUUUAAUUGUGAUAUUGUUUAUCGUUGAUGUUAUUUCUUAAUAUGUUAUAUGGUCAGGCAAUGAUAUACAUAAAUGUGAGUAUAAUUGUAAUAUAAAAUGUAUUGCUUGAUUAAGUAAACCCUUUCAUUAUAGUAACAUAUUCAACAUAUAUCAUAAAAUGUUGUAUAUGUCACUCAAUAUAUUGUGACACUAAGUGAUAUCCUUAGUCUAUACAUAUCCAAAUAUAACGAACAGUUGUUGAAACAAUCGCAAAUUAUUAUUUAUGUAAAAAGCACUUAAAUAAAGGUGGAUAGUCGCACUAUUGUGUUAUAUAAAAAGUUGUUUUAUUUGAGACAAAGUAUUGUAACAUACUGCGUGUAGUUAAUAGCUAUAAAACAAAUAAAUUGAUUAUAAAGUG